AUGGCGCAAUUAGAUGCCCAUUUGCAGGACAAGCUCGAGGAGCUUGAGAAGGAGUUGGAGGAAGGCGACAUCACAGAGAAAGGGUACCAGAAGCGACGAACACAGCUCCUUUCCCAGUACAUGGGACCUGGCUCAGCAGGUUUUCCCAUCGCCCCCGAGCCUAGAGGCGGGCUCGGUAUACACUCACCAGACAGUUCUGGACACCCUUCGAGCGAUGGCCACCGCGCAGCCGCUCUCGCAGCUCUUGGCGGCAGAGAUUCCGAUCCUACGAGCCCGACGUCGACAAGCUCACACAGACCGCAGUCGCCCUUCGGCGGACCUGGCUCUGGCGGUUAUGGUUCGGGAGGAUAUGCCUCGCCCACCGGUUAUGGCUCUCCCGACUUGAAUCCCGCAGGUCUUCUCCGGCCUGGCGGUCCCGUAGCUGAGCACCGGCCGAGUAUGAAGCAGCACGAUUCCCUUUUCCUGGCCAACCCCAACGAACCUCCGACCCGAUCGGGAACCAUGGUAUCGACCGACUACGCAUUCAACCCCGACCAGCAGGGAGCCUACAUGGACCACAUGCAUAACCAAUACGACAGCCGGACCGGCACCAUGCUUGACUCGACAGGGUACUUCUCGGGCUUCACUGGAGGCCAAAAUUUUGACCAGCCCCAGGAAGAGUAUGGCGGAGGGCAUCGGUAUUCGUCUGGAGAGGCCUUCUCACCCACGGCGGCUAUGGCACCGCCUAUGCUCACCGCCAACGAUCUGCCCCCGCCAGAGGUCCUAGAAUACCAAAUGCCCUUGGAACCCCGCGAUCUGCCGUUUGCGAUAUCCGACCCACAUGACAGCAAUACCCCAAUGUCCAAGUUUGAUAAUAUCGCUGCGGUCUUGAGGCACAGAGGAAAAACGACAGCGAAACUCCCGGCAUAUUGGGUGCUUGACAGCAAGGGUAAAGAGAUAGCAUCCAUUACGUGGGACAAGCUCGCAUCGAGAGCCGAAAAGGUGGCACAGGUCAUAAGAGACAAGAGCUCACUCUAUCGUGGCGAUCGUGUUGCGCUUAUCUACCGUGACACAGAAGUCAUCGAUUUUGCGAUUGCAUUGCUUGGGUGCUUCAUUGCUGGCGUGGUCGCAGUACCUAUUAACGACCUACAAGAUUACCAGAAGCUUAACUUGAUUCUUACAUCGACCCAGGCGCACUUGGCACUCACAACUGAUAAUAAUCUUAAAACCUUCCAACGAGAUAUUACGACGCAAAAGUUGAACUGGCCCAAAGGAGUCGAAUGGUGGAAGACAAACGAGUUCGGCAGUUUUCACCCUAAGCGCAAAGAUGAUGUGCCACCACUGACGGUUCCGGACCUGGCUUAUAUCGAGUUCUCAAGAGCUCCUACUGGCGACCUGAGGGGCGUGGUUCUGAGCCACAGGACUAUCAUGCAUCAAAUGGCAUGUUUGAGCGCCAUCAUUUCUACCGUGCCAGGAAACGGUCCCGGAGACACCUUCAACCGGACCCUGCGCGACAAGAAUGGCAGGCUUAUUGGUGCUGGAUCAACCAGCGAGACGCUUCUCUCAUACUUAGACCCCCGCCAGGGCAUCGGCAUGAUUCUUGGUGUUCUGCUCACCGUUUACGGAGGCCACACAACCGUCUGGCUGGAAAACAAGGCCGUUGAUGUCCCAGGACUUUACGCUCAUCUCAUCACCAAGUAUAAGGCGUCCUUGAUGAUUGCGGACUAUCCCGGUCUCAAGCGUGCUGCUUACAACUAUCAACAAGACCCCAUGACAACCCGAAACUUCAAGAAGGGCAUGGAGCCUAACUUUCAAACCGUCAAGCUGUGUCUCAUUGACACCUUGACUGUCGACAGUGAGUUCCACGAAGUGCUGGCAGACCGAUGGCUGAGGCCGCUACGAAACCCGCGGGCCCGUGAGGUUGUUGCGCCUAUGCUUUGUCUACCAGAACACGGUGGAAUGGUUAUUAGCAUCCGCGACUGGCUGGGAGGCGAAGAGCGAAUGGGAUGUCCGCUGAAGCUUGAUAUGGGUUCAGAUGUUGAAUCCGAUUUGGAGGAGAAAGAAGAAGUGAAACCGGCACCAUCCAACGGCUUUGGCAGUCUCCUGGGAGGCGGCGGCACGACAAGGACCGAACAGCGCGCUAAGAACGAGCUCAGUGAAGUUCUCCUGGACAGAGAAGCAUUGAAAACAAACGAAGUAGUCGUAGUUGCCAUCGGAAACGAGGCCAGAAAGAGGGCAACUAGCGAGCAGGGCACAGUCCGCGUUGGCGCUUUUGGUUAUCCUAUCCCUGAUGCAACAAUGGCUGUCGUCGAUCCCGAAACCGGUCUGCUGGCUUCACCACACUCAGUUGGAGAGAUUUGGGUGGACUCUCCGUCACUCUCAGGUGGUUUCUGGGCGCUUCCGAAACACACGGAGCAAAUAUUCCACGCCCGCCCUUACAAAUUCGACCCUGGUGAGCCCACACCGACUCCUGUGGAACCCGAAUUCCUACGCACAGGUUUGCUUGGUACUGUAAUCGAGGGCAAGAUCUUCGUCCUCGGCCUUUACGAGGACCGGAUUCGCCAAAAGGUUGAGUGGGUUGAGCACGGCACUGAGAUCGCUGAGCACCGCUACUUCUUCGUGCAGCAUCUCGUCGUCAGCAUUGUCAAGAACGUACCUAAAAUCUAUGACUGCUCGGCUUUCGAUGUUUUCGUUAAUGAGGAGCAUCUGCCGAUUGUGGUUUUAGAAUCUCAAGCCGCAUCGACGGCUCCCUUGACAUCGGGUGGUCCACCCAGACAGCUUGAUACUGCGCUCUUGGACUCCCUCGCCGAGAGAUGCAUGGACGUGUUGAUGCAAGAGCAUCACUUGAGGCUUUACUGUGUUAUGAUUACUGCACCUAACUCUCUACCUCGAGUGGUGAAGAACGGACGAAGGGAUAUUGGCAACAUGCUCUGUAGACGGGAGUUCGACCUCGGCAACCUUCCCUGUGUCCACGUCAAGUUUGGCGUGGAGCACGCCGUGCUCAACCUUCCCAUCGGUGUCGACCCCAUUGGCGGCAUUUGGUCGCCAAUCUCAUCCAAUUCGCGCGCAGACAUCCUCAUGUCUGCCGACAAGCAGUAUUCUGGGAUCGACCGAAGAGAGGUUGUCAUUGACGACCGGACGUCAACGCCGCUCAACAACUUCGGUUGCAUUACUGACCUCAUUCAGUGGCGUGUCGCCCGGCAACCUGAAGAGCUGGCCUAUUGCACCAUAGAUGGUCGCGGUAGAGAAGGCAAGGGCGUUACCUGGAAGAAGUUCGACAUGAAAGUCGCUGCUGUGGCGCUGUACUUGAAGAAUAAGGUCAAGGUCCGUCCAGGCGAUCAUCUGAUCCUCAUGUAUACGCAUUCGGAGGAGUUUGUUUUCGCCAUUCAUGCAUGCAUCAACUUGGGCGCUAUCGUCAUCCCAAUGGCUCCCCUGGACCAAAACCGUCUCAACGAGGAUGUGCCGGCGUUCCUGCACGUAGUUUCCGAUUUCCAAGUCAAGGCUGUCUUGGUUAAUCAGGACGUCGACCACCUCGUCAAACUAAAGCCUGUCUCAAACCACAUCAAGCAGGCUGCUUCUAUUCUCAAGACCCCGAUACCCCACUACUACAAUACCACGAAGCCACCUAAGCAGAGCAGCGGGUUGAGAGAUCUUGGAAUCACAAUGCAACCUGCCUGGAUCCAGUCUGGCUACCCUGUCAUCAUCUGGACAUACUGGACGCCCGAUCAACGACGAAUUGCUGUCCAGCUUGGGCAUGAUACCAUUCUAGGCAUGUGCAAGGUGCAGAAGGAAACCUGCCAGAUGACGAGCUCGCGCCCUGUUCUCGGCUGUGUGCGUAGUACCACUGGUCUUGGAUUCAUUCACUCAUGCUUGAUGGGUAUCUACAUUGGCACCCCUACCUAUCUCUUGUCUCCCGUUGAGUUUGCCCAGAACCCAAUGUCGCUAUUUGUGACCUUGUCGAGAUACAAGAUCAAGGACACCUACGCUACCCCGCAAAUGUUGGAUCAUGCUAUGGCCAUGAUGCAAGGUAAGGGCUUCACGCUACAUGAGCUCAAGAACAUGAUGAUCUCGGCAGAGAGUCGGCCACGCGUAGACGUAUUCCAAAAGGUGCGACUCCACUUCGCUGCCACUGGUCUUGACAGGACUGCCAUCAACACUGUCUACUCGCAUGUCCUUAAUCCCAUGGUUGCUUCGAGAUCCUACAUGUGUAUCGAGCCUAUCGAGCUCUGGUUAGACACAAAGGCGCUACGGCGAGGACUUAUCUACCCUGUGGAUCCCGAGCAGGACCCCAAGGCUCUUCUUAUUCAAGACUCUGGCAUGGUACCCGUAUCCACACAGAUUGCCAUCGUCAACCCUGAGAGCCGACUUCUCUGUCACGACGGCGAGUAUGGUGAGAUCUGGGUAGACUCAGAAGCCUGCGUUAAGGGCUUUUACGGCUCUAAGGAUAUCUUCGAUGCAGAGCGCUUCGACGGCCGGACGGUGGACGGCGACCCAAGUAUUCAGUACGUCCGCACAGGAGACUUGGGCUUCCUACACAAUGUAAGUAGGCCUAUUGGUCCUGGAGGCGCGCAAGUCGAUAUGCAAGUAUUGUUCGUUCUUGGGAACAUCGGCGAGACAUUCGAGAUCAAUGGUUUGAGCCACUUCCCGAUGGACAUUGAAGCCUCCGUGGAGCGGUGCCACCGGAACAUCGUUAGUGGUGGAUGCGCCGUAUUCCAAGCCGGUGGUCUUGUCGUUGUCCUCGCCGAAAUUACUCGCAAAGCUUACCUGGGCUCUGUUGUUCCAGUCAUCGUUAACUCUAUCUUGAAUGAGCAUCAGAUAAUUGUCGACAUCGUCGCCUUCGUGAACAAGGGCGACUUCCCCCGCUCUCGUCUGGGUGAGAAGCAACGUGGCAAGAUCCUGGCCGGAUGGGUCACUCGCAAGAUGCGCACGCUGGCUCAAUUCGCCAUCCGAGACAUGGAUCCUGCAAACAUGGGAGGCGACCCCAGUGGCGUCCCCGAUGGACCGGAUCCUAACAGAGCCUCUAUUAGCAGUCAACGCAGCAUGGGUGGUCUCGCACCUGGCUCUUCAAGUCUGCGUAAUGUUGAACAUGCGCCGCAAAUCUUGGAACAGGAGGAGUUCGAUCAACAGCACGGACAUAUGGCUUCCCUUCCACCCCAGGCCGGCAUUGCAGAGAUGCCCGGAGAUGAAGGCCAGAUCUAUCAGGGCCAAGCGCAUGUACCGCCAAGCCACGGAUACGUCCUUCCCGACUUUGACCAAUUCGGCCGCGAUGAGGGCCCGCCGCCAGUUGGAGCGAAACCGGGCUCAAGGGCAGGACAACCACCACAAAUCAACCUGCCCAACGCCGAUGGACGCGGCAAUUCCUGGAAGGGAAAGGAUGGCGCGCAGGAUGAGGAGGACUGGACGGCUCAGGCCCUGAUGCACAUGAACCUUGCCAGUGAUUUGGAAAAGAGGCAAGGACAUAACUGA